AUGAAGUUCUCUACUCUUGCUUCUGUCGGCCUUACUGGUCUCUCUACCGUCCUCGCUGCUCCUAGCAGCGUUGACUCCCGAAACGCCAACGGCGCGGUCUUCGCCUUGACCAACGCGGUCAACAACGCAAUCAUUGCUUUCUCCCGUAACGCCGAUGGCACAUUGACCAAGACUGGAGAAUACCCCACUGGUGGCCACGGCCAGGGCGUCGACUUCGAUUCUCAGGGAGGUCUUCAGCUCAGUGCUGACAACAAGUUCCUCUAUGCUGUGAACCCGGCCAGCGACGAGGUUACCGUCUACUCCGUUAGCGGCUCCAGCCUUAAGAAGAUUCAGUGCAUCUAUGCUGGUGAUCAGCCUCUGGCUAUUUCCUUGAGCAGCAACGGAUUUGCCUAUGUCAUGGACGGCUCCGUUGCCACAACAGGCAUCUUUGGUUUCAAGAGGAACGAGAUGACUGGCAUGCUUACACCCAUUACAAACUCCACCAUUGCUACCAGCACUCCCAUUGGUGUUCCCGGCACCGUUGCCUUUUCCCCUGAUGCCCGCACCAUCAUCGUCACAAACAAGGUCGGCAGCACCAUCGACCAAUACUCAGUGGCAGCCAACGGCGAGGCCGUCCUGGAAACCACUUACGCAUCCAGCGGCCUCCGUCCCUUUGGAGCCGUCUGGGGCAAGUCUAACACACUCUAUGUUGUCGAGUCUGGCCUGCCCGCCUUCGGCAACGCUGGUCUGUCAACAUACCGUCUUGACAAGGUCGACGAGAACCCCCUCUUGAAGCCCAUCACCAAGUCUGAGAAGAACCAGCAGACUGAUGGCUGCUGGGUCGUUGUGACUCCUGACGAGAAGUACGCCUACACGGCCAGCUUCAUCACCAACGCCAUCUCCAGCUACAAGGUUGCCGCGAACGGCACUGCAACUCUCAUCCAGGAGGUUGCUGCUAGCCCCGGUGAGGGCACCGAGCCCGUCGAUCUUGCUCUUAGCGCCGAUGGUCAAUAUCUGUACAACCUCCAGCGUGGUGGCGGUGCUAUUUCUGGCUGGAAGAUCCAGGCCGACGGUUCUCUCAAGACUCUUAGCAACUCUUUCGGCGCAGGACAAGGUAUCCCCGUUGCUGACGGUGCUUCUGGUCUGGCUGCAUACUAA